CCCCUCUUUACGUGUAUUGUUUCAUUGCAAACGAGAAAAAGUGACAAGAUUCAAUAACUGAGAGAGAGAGAGAGAGAAGCUGAAAUGGCUCUAGAGGCUGUUGUUUUCCAGCAAGAUCCUUUUAGCUAUGCUGAUUGGAAAGACUACUGCAAUAUGGGGGAUUAUAGCUUUGACCUUGGAAUUCAAGACCAGAGGCCGAAUACUGAACAAAUAUCAAAUGGAUAUUGGGAUUCUACACCUUCAUCUAUUGCUCAAAGUUCUUCACCAGAAAUUUGUGCCGGGCAAGGGAUAUUUUCCAGCGGAGAAUACUCUUCAAUGGUGGAUCCGGCUGUCGACACCACCAGCCAGUGCAAGAGGAGAAGGACCAAGAGCUCCAAGAACAAGGAAGAAAUAGAGAACCAAAGGAUGACUCAUAUUGCCGUCGAAAGAAAUAGGCGGAGACAGAUGAAUGACUACCUUGCCAUCCUCCGCUCCUUGAUGCCACCUUCCUACGCUCAAAGGGGAGAUCAAGCAUCAAUUGUUGGGGGAGCUAUUAAUUUUGUGAAGGAGCUCGAACAACUUCUCCAAUCUUUGGAAGCCUAUAAUGUGGCCAAGAAGCAACACUACACUAGUAUUAGUACCCACUCCCAUUUAUUCUCCAGGUUCUUCACCUUUCCUCAAUACUCAACAUAUCCAACUCGCCAUGGAAAUUCGACGGCCGGCAGCAGUGCGUGUGAUAUGGCUGAGAAGCGGUCUGCGGUGGCGGACAUCGAGGUGACAAUGGUUGAGAAUCAUGCUAACAUCAAAAUAUUAUCAGGGAAACUGCCAAAACAAAUUUUGAAGCUGGUAACUGGAUUACAGUCUAUUUCUCUAACAGUUCUACACCUAAACAUCACCACCAUUGAGCAAUUGGUACUCUACUCCAUCAGCGUUAAGGUUGAGGAUGAUUGCCAGCUGAGUACAGUGACUGUGAUUGCCAAUGCAGUGCAUGAUAUGUUAGAAAUUAUCCAAGAAGAAGCUAGGUCUAGCUGAGACAACGCGCCCACCGCCUGCGGAAAAGCGGGUUGGAAUUUCUCAUAUUGUCAACCUUACUAGACUUAUUAU